GUUCCUUGAUGAAGUUCAGGCUCACUCAAGCAUUAACAAGAUGAGUGUCCAGAAUCUGGCUACAGUAUUUGGACCAAAUAUAUUACGGCCCAAAAUGGAAGAUCCAGUGACCAUGAUGGAAGGCACCUCACUAGUUCAGCAUCUGAUGACAGUGCUGAUAAGUGAACAGGGGAGAAUCUUUGCUGUUCCUCAGGCAGAUGUGCCAGGGAGCCAACUGGAAAUCAGACCUGUGCCUCAGCGCAGUACUGUGGAGUGGAUCUCGGAGGAAGACGGGGAGGACAGCAGGGUGCAGAACAGCGUUCCCAGCCCCACUGAUUUGCCUUCUAGCAAUGCUGUGGCACUAGAUGCCACUCCUGGACCUGCAGUGAAAAACACUCCUUCAGAGCACAGUGGCAAAUUGACUCAGCCUGCCACCAGCCCCAACAAGAGAGUGCAGACACUGCCUCCGUGGAAAUACUCCUUCCGCCAGCAGGGAGCACGGUCUGCGAGUCCAAAGCUGGGCAGCUCGUCCUUAGAUAUCCCCAACCUCUCCUCUAGUGGGAACUGGUUGAUGAAUGGACUGUACUCUCUCCGAGGCCAUCGCCGGACAGCCUCUGGGGAGCGAGUUAAAGACUCCUGUUCUUCCCAGAGACUCUCCACUUAUGACAAUGUCCCCUCGUCCAGCCUCUCCCUUAGCACACACAGUAUGGCCAGCACCACAUGGUCUACAUCAUCAUGUGAAAUCUCCGUGGUGGACUCCGUCAGCAGCUGCCCAGCCUGCCGGGCCAGUGACUCUUCUGCUUUAAGCUCUCUCAAAACCGAGUGGGUAACUCAGGGCUCACUGUCCCAGAGUGACGUUAAGACUGCAGAUCUGGAGAACAGCAUCGACAGGUUUGAAGAAUGCAGCAGCAACAGCAGUGAACAGAGCAACCUGGCUGCAGCUUCCAGAGACUCUGCCAAAUGCUCCAGGGCCUUGCAGAGCUUGGUGGUGGAGCUAAAGACAGAACUGAGCAAACAGAGGACUGAGUAUGAGACUAGUAUCAAAAGGUAA